GUCUAUAAAAGGAGGGAGAGGAAAGUGCCAACUCACCUCCACCUCCCGAAGACCCAGAAACAGGAACAUGUUUGCGCUCCUGAUAUGCAUGCUGUUGCUGCAGCAGGUGCACUCUGCCUGCAAUUUGCCAAGCACGACUGCAUCAGACAUUUGCCCUGAAGACACAGCGGUUCAGGAGCAGAUUGUCAACAUUCACAAUGAGUUCAGACGGACGGUUAAUCCCACAGCGUCUAACAUGCUGAAGAUGGACUAUAGUGAGGAGGUAGCAGCCAGUGCUCAGGCUUGGGUAGACCAAUGCAAACUGGCUCAUGGAAAACCAAGCACCCGCAUGCUCAACGGAUAUGAAUUAGGCGAGAAUCUCUUCUAUUCAUCUGCACCUUCCUCUUGGACAAACGUCAUCAACGCCUGGCACAGUGAGGUGUCACACUACAACUAUCCCAAAGGCUCCACCAAUGGCCAGGAGACCGGCCACUACACACAGGUGAUUUGGAACAGCUCCUACAAGGUUGGCUGUGGAGUGGCAUUGUGCAACAACAUUUAUUUCUAUGGCUGCCAUUAUUUUCGAGCAGGAAACUUCAGGGGAUAUGAACCCUAUAAGGAUGGAACCCCGUGUGCUUCCUGCCCCAAUAACUGUGAAGACAAACUCUGCACCAACCCCUGCCCUUACAUCAACAAAUUCAUCAACUGUCCAUCCCUGAAAGUCAGAACUGGAUGCAGCAACAAACUGGUGUCAGCCUGGUGUCCUGCUGCAUGCAAAUGCUCUAUUGAUAAAGAAAUCAUUCCAAUAUAUUAAAAAUAAGCCUGUUAGUCUGUAAACUCAUACUGUUCAGACUAUUUACAUCUUUGUUGGGUAUCUAUCGAAGAAGGAAGCUUCUGUAACUGUAAUCAACUUCCUGUAAACUUGUAAUAAUAAACCCAUGACACUAAUGUCGAUCAUGUGUCUGGGAAAAUGUGGGCUAGGACUGAUUGCCUGAAGUAAGAGGAAUGUUCUAGGAUGGUUUCUAAAAUAUUAAUCUCUGUUCAAAUCCCUGUGUGACGCUUCCAUCAGAGUUUUGUGGACCAUGCAGGGUGUUAUAUACUUGUUGGGAAGUGCAGAAAUGUGUCAGCUUCAAGUGGUUAUACUGUUAAUCUGGCAAAUCCCGAGAUAAUACAAUAAAAAAUAUUAAUUCUACACAUGAUCUAUAUAAUAUAAUAAAGACAACAUAA